AUGGACCUUGCGGGAGUUGUGGUGGAGGCGGGCGCGAAAUGCGAGCGGCUGAAGGUCGGCGACGCGGUGUGGUCGGCGGGCCACCACAAGCGGCAGGGCACGCUGGCGGAGUUGGCUGUGAUGGACGAGGCCUGGCUGGGCAAGAAGCCGCCCGGCCUGACGUUCGCUGAGGCGGCGUCCCUGCCCAUGGCCUCCCUGGCGGCCAUCCAGGCGCUGGACGCCGGGGGGGUGGGGGACGGGUCGAGGGUGGUGGUGGUGGGCGCCAGCGGCGGCAUCGGCUCGGCAACCGUCCAGCUGGCCAAGCGGCGGGGCGCGGCGCACGUGGUGGGCGUGAGCUCGAAGGCGAACGAGGGGCUGGUGAUGGGCCUGGGCGCGGACGCCCACGCGGACUACGUGGAUUCCAAGUGGUGGGACACUCUGGCCGGGGGGCAGUUCGACGUCAUUGUGGACACGCAGGGAGGCGGGGAGUCGUGGGCCAACGCGCGGGCGGUGCUCAAGCGGGGGGGGAAGUUCGUGGCGGUGGCCGCGGACAAGACGGAGGGGGCAAUCACGAUGGGGCUGAUGGUCUCCAUGCUGGGCGCCACAAUGUACAGAAAGCUGAAGAGCAGGUUCGGCGGGCCGGGCUACGUGAUGCUGAUGUCGAACUCACAGAGCGUGAAGGAUCUGGACCGCGCCUUGGAGGCAAUCGCGGAGGGCAGGCUGCGGCCCGUGGUGGAGAAGGUGUACCCCCUGGAGGAGUCGGCCGCGGCGUUCACGCACGUCGCGGGUGGGCACACCAAGGGGAAGGUCGUCGUGGCGAUCGCGGAGGACCUGGCCGCAGCAAAGUAG